CGCGGGAGUUUGAAAAUGGCAGAAAUAUUUUUAUUUUCCAAAAUUUUGUAAAAAGGUUGAAAAUAUGGCAACAAAGAAGAAUAGGAGACAUGACGAUGAUGAUGGAAAGGACCAGGUCUAUGUCUGGCAGGGCUACAUUGGAACAAUCACACCAAGAUCAUUUGAUGUGUUUAGUUCUUUACCUGUACAAAAGGUGGCACUGGGAUCUCAUCAUAUCAGUUUCCUCACAAAGUUUGGAGAAAUGUACACCUAUGGAAACAAUCAGUAUGGACAGCUUGGCCUUGGACACUUGACAGAUGAGCUAAAGGAGCCUUUUCUGGUUGAGGCAUUAUUAGGGAAAUUCAUAACAAAUAUGGAUUGUGGAAUGCGUCACACUGCUGCUGUGACAUCAUCAGGUGAUGUGUACUGUUGGGGUGAUGCAUUACAUGGACAGUGCGGACCAUAUACUACAGACAAAAUUCCCACUCCAUGUUUAGUUAGUGUCACGCAGGAUCACCAUGUGUGUCAACACGGUAUCCCGGCUGAGAGCAAUGCCGUCUCUAUACAGGAUAUUAGUUGCGGGGAUACGCAUACCUUAGCUCUCUCUACAGACAGUGAUAUUUACGUCUGGGGUACAGGCCCACAGCUUGGCCUAGGACAGGUUAAACACACAUCUAAACCCACCUUAAUGCAAACUUUCACAUUCAGACAUGUCUUGAGUAUAUCUGCUGGGGCUCAACACAGCGUUGCAUUAGUCAAGAAGAAAACAGUCAGCACUAGGAACCUAUCUACCCCUGAGAGUCCUCAGUGUAAGAUUAAAGUGCAUGACAUCAAACCAUCAACAUGUGUUGAGUGCAAUAAUGAGAUUUACACAUAUACUGAGACUAACGACACUUGUAUUAUUGACAAUGAUCACACAUGCCCACUUGGUUUAGACAUUGAUAAAACAGUUGCAAGUGAGGACAGUGGAUUAGAACACUCAAAUGGCAGUGAAGCCAACAGUGUGUAUGAUUCAAAUGGAGCGAAUUCUGAGCCCAAACCCACACAGGCCCACCUAUUGGUAGUUGAUGAUACAGUCCCAAAAUCGAAGAGUUCAACUUCAUUUGUUGAUGAAAUUGAAGCUAAGGCAUUUCUUCAAAGACAGCUUUCGAACAAUGAAUCUAAUCCUGGUGCAAACCUACAAGAGAAAACAUCAGAAAUUGAAAUCAUAUCGAGGACAUCUUCUCUCGAUAAUGUUGAUCACAUCGUCAUGGGUGGUCAGACUUUCCCGCCGUCAAAUAAUGCUUACCUCAGGGGUAAAAUCGGCAGCAUUCUUAAUAAUGUACCCAUGACAUCAGGCGUGGUUGAUCAAGUCUCUACUAUAACUAGUAAAGUUAUGUCUACCGUAAAGGAUUCCAUGGAUAAGUUUGGAUUUGUGUCGAGCCCCAAUAUUGACAGUAUUACGCAGAUAUCUGAGUCGAGUAGUGUUGAAUCUUUUUCAAGCGAUUCAAGGUCAGAUUCCCUAUCAGGGUCAUCUCCAACUUUACAAAGGCACAGACAUGUAGACCCAAAGAGGUCAAAGUCAUUGAAACCGGAUGAUGUGAUAGAAGAAGAUAAGUUGUUGAGUAGAACUAAGUCAUUGCCUGUUGGUCUUGUCAACCAUGUUAAACAAGAUGGUGAAGUGUGUUGCGAAACAGAAGUUUGGGUCUGGGGUGAUGGCCAGAAUGGGCAAUUGGGACUAGCUGACCUCAAAGAAAGGCAUCUACCAUGUUGCAUCAAGAGCCUGAAUGACAAGAAUAUUGUUAAGAUAUCUGCUGGUUCCUACCACUCUUUAGCACUGGCAGCCACUUCUCAGGUAUACAGCUGGGGUAGAAAUGAAGAUGGGCAGUUAGGUCACAAUGAACCUCUAAUAGAGACACCUCAUCGAGUCAGGUUUGUAGGUAGCAAUCAAGUGUGGGACAUAGCAGCUAGUGAGAGACACAGUGUCUUCCUUGUAGAUGGCAUAAGUUGCCAACCUGAUCUCUACUACUGUGGGAGAGAACCUAGGCAAUCUAUUUGUGAAGAUGAGCAACAACACAGUACAAGUUCCCCAUCUAAACUCUCAUCUCUCAAACAGGUUGGAUUUGUCAAGGCAAUCAUAUGUGGAGGUGAUUUAUGCGGGUGUAUAUCAGACAAGAACACUACAGGUCACAUCGCAACUUUACACGAGUUUGCGAGCACUGAGAGGUCUUUCUAUUGCCAAUUAUUCCCUGUUCUCAACCGAGUAGUAUUACCUUUCACUAAGACAGAUAUCUAUGACUCUUUGCUGAAGUCCUCUCAUGGUGCUACUAUAAAGUCACUUUUCGAGACAUUCAUCAGUAUUUCUAAUAUGGUGUGUUCUAACAGUCUAGAAUUGACAGCUAUUAUACAGCAGGGCCUACCUAUAGAAACACUGAGAUGUAUAGACAAGCAUGACUUUUAUAUGAACAAGUUCAAGACCUACUCAAAAUACUUCGGAGAUAUGUUGGCACUAGGAGGGUUUGAACAAAUCGCAAAAGAAGGACAGUUAUACUUUGAAAGCAUCCAGUCAGUGUUCAGUGAGAUGUUGGAAGAAAGCAAGUUAGACAAGGAGAACCCCUCAGUGAAUGUAAGACGCCUCAUGCAGAUUCCUCUGAGAAGACUGAAGGAUUAUGGCAGACUGAAAGCAAAGCUAGCACUGGCCUAUGUUGAGGGCAGUGAGGAGCAUUGUCACCUGACCUCUCUUAGUAAGAUGUGGGAUGGUAUUAAAAGCCAAGCGUCUGUGGAACAUACAGUUGCUGAGAGUACAAGAGUUUUUUGGGAGUCCAGUCCUUAUAAACUUGUUGAGUCAUUAAAGGUUUCAAACAGGCGCUUGUUAAAGGAGAGCAAGUCUCUGCCCCUGACCAUACCCCAGGCUGGCCGUUUCUCCACCCAUUGGUUUAUUCUCUUCAAUGAUGUAUUUGUACAUGCUCAGUUUUCUACCAACCAAGCAUUCCCAUUAUCCACUGUGUGGAUUGAACCUCUAACAGACACUGAGACAACACACAAUGUAUUUACUCUCACAACACCUGAAGAAUUCCUUACUCUUUCAACCCCUGGGCCGACUGAAAAGGCUGAGUGGACGUGGGAAAUUAACAGGUCAAUAGACAAAGUCCUUGCAGACAAGAAACAAAUAUAUCGCCCAAAAGGUGGCAGUCAUGUUUCCCCACCAUUGUCACGACACGCCACAUAUAAGUUUUACAAAGCAGGAAAGCUGAAGGAUGCUGUCUACACAGGAAUGUGGCUCUCUGGAAAGAUGCAUGGACAGGGAGAACUAGUGUGGUCGGAUGGUAGGACUUAUACAGGCAGAUUCAAAAACAGUUUACAACAUGGCCAUGGGCAAUACCAAGUUCAGAAAGCUGAUGGUGUUGAGGUAUAUGAGGGCAACUGGAGAGACGGCAAGAUGCAUGGGCUUGGAUCUAUUAAGUAUGCCAAUGGAGAUGUCUACGAGGGCUAUUUCAAAGAUGGUGUGCGUCAUGGUCACGGUGUAUUUAAACAGGGACGUAUGACAUCAUCACUUGCCAGUGUAUUUGUUGGAGAGUGGGCCAAUGACAAGAGAAAUGGCUAUGGGGUACUGGAUGACAUACUGAAAGGAGAGAAGUUCAUUGGGAUGUGGGUGGAUGACAAUCGCCAUGGUAAUGGUGUUAUGGUCACACUUGAUGGGAUGUACUAUGAAGGCAACUUUGCAACAAAUAAAAUGAGUGGGACAGGUUUGGUAAUGACUGAGGACAAUACAUGCUACGAAGGUGAUUUCUCAGGAGGUUUCCAGCUUUAUGGCAAGGGAAAAAUGACACUUCCGAAUGGGGACACAAUAGAAGGACAUUUCAGUGGUAGUUGGAGCUCAGGAAUCAAAAUUAGCGGAACAUUCCAGAAAUCUGUAGGACCAGUCAAUGAGAAGAUGACUUUCAACCAUGCUUUAGGAAUUCUACCGAAAACAUUUGGAACAUUGAGUGUCUCAGCAGAUCGUAAAUGGGAAGAGAUAUUCCAACAUUGUCGUACAGUACUUGGGUGCCAAGAGGGUGAGACAACAGUGGACUCUCAGAAAGCAUGGGAGAUGGUGGCAAUAGUUAUAUCUAAUGGAAAGAAAAGACUACAGGAUAAACAUUUACUAGAUUCACCAAAGCACCUCAAUAAGGCCAAUUUAGAAGCUUUAGAAAAGAUACCUAUCCAUGAUAGAGGCACUUUCAGUAUUGCAGACUUCCAAGAAAUCCAAGCAUAUUUAGCGAAGGCAUUUGAUACAUGCCUCCAUCCCCUGGGAAAGUUAGUCGAAGGCAUAGUUGAUGUAUACAGAGCCACCUAUGUUGGGGUAGGGGCGCACCCUAGACUGCUACAUCAUGCUGUGUUAGAGGUGAAAUCCUAUAUCAACAGAAUAUAUUCCAUUAUAAGGUUGCUGUUCCCAGACCUCCCUGUGGAACCAACUCCAGUUCAGUUGAUCUCAAGCAACAAAGAAAGUAUAGAGGAGACUAUGUCCAAGUCUAUAACUAGCAUAGAUGAUUUGGAAGCUGAUGGAGAUAUUAUAUCGGCAGCCGAACUUCUACAUCCGCUGUUACUUCCUAAGAUCUACCCCCCUCUGUUUACUCUGUAUGCUUUAUAUAAUGAGAGGGAGGAUGAACGAUACUGGGAACGUCUACAGAAGUGGAAUAAACAGGGAGAUAUUUCUCUACUUGCAUAUCUUGGAGUACAUGAGAAGUUCUGGUUAGUGAAGACUGAAAGUAAUGACAUCACACAAGUGUCAAGUGUCAAGGACCAGUGUUAUACUGUUGCCAUAGAAACAUUACAACAUAUCAGCACUACAUUCAGCCCUGCAGAGAAGUUGAAAGUAAUCCACAAAACAUUUGAUGGAGUGAACAGGACUGUCCAAGAUGCUCUGGGUUCAGACUAUCUCUGGUCUAUGGAUGACCUGUUCCCUGUCUUCCAAUACGUUGUGGUGAGAGCGCGUAUCCGCCAUCUUGGAGCUGAGAUUCAUGGGAUUGAUGACCUCAUGGAACCACAUUUGGAGCAUGGUGAACUAGGAAUAAUGUUCACGACACUCAAAGCAUGUUACUUCCAAAUCCAGAAUGAGAAGAUAAAUUGGUAAGGGUUUACAAUGUAUCCUGUUCCUUGGACAAUUCCUGGUUGACAGUCGACAUUAUUAAUGAAUGGCAAUCAACAGAGCAAUGAAUCAAAAUUGAUUGAUCUAAAAAUGGCGAUCAAAAUGAUCCAUGAAUUACAAAACACUGAUCCAAAAAUGACAACUGAAUAAUCCAAAAGAGAAAAAUGUCUGAUCCAUGAAUCCUUGAAUCUAAGGAUGACAACAAAAGUUUCAGCUGAGAGUGAUGAUCGAGAUAGCCAAGGAUGACAAAAGAUUCAUAAUUAAAUAACACAUGAACUAUCCAAGAAUUACGAAAGAUUCAUCAAUAAAUAUCACUUGGUUGAUCUGAGAGUGAUCAAUAAAUGACAAUCAACUGAUAUUGGGAUCAGAUUUAAUAUUUAUGGAUACAAUCUGUCCAUCAACAUUCACGAAAUCCCACGCUAACUGUUUAUAAUAAAAAUAAUGAUGCUGUCCUUGUGAUUGGACUGAAAUAGCUGAAAUAACUAAGUGUAACGAUUAUAAUUUGUAUUUAUAAUGUCAGAGAAGGCUAUGAAAUAAUUUUCACAUUUCUGAUGUAUGAGUGUAGUUGAAUCUACCAAUUAUUGACUUGUUCAGGCUUGCUUAUUCACUGCAGCUAUAAAAGCACUCUAAAGUGUGUAUGAUUAGCAACUUGUUUUUAAUAUAAUUGAAGUUCCAAUAUCCCGAGAAAAUAGUACUGGUCA